ACCACUAAUCCUCUUUACUACAACUCCCAUAAUUCCUUGACCUCAGCCACGCCUAUUUAUAUAUCGGGGAUGAACUUUGCUUUGGUUAGUUGAUCUUUUCUCGUGUUUAUGUCAUAUUAUUUUACCCCGGAGUUCGCAGGCGGACUGCAGAGCCUGAUCAUGGGCAGCGUGUUGAUCAAAUGCGCCCUGACCGACGUGGGCAUCCAGUGGGCAGGCUGGGCGAUAGCAGCAGCGUGCAAGACUGAGAAGUUUUACGACUUAGCAGGGUCUGGGACAUUUAUACUGCUUGUUCACCUGAGUCGUAUUUGGGGUGGAGCCAGGCAUGUCCGGCAGAAUGUUCAGACUGGGCUAGUGACUACCUGGGGCCUGAGACUGGGGACAUUUCUUUUCCUGAGAAUCUUGAAGGACGGACGUGAUCGCAGAUUCAACAAUGUCAGAGAUAGCCCAGGGACCUUCUUUAUAUACUGGACUGUGCAAGCGGUGUGGAUCUUCACGACACUGCUCCCCACUCUGAUAUUAAACAGUGAGAAGAAGGACAGGCCUCUCGGGUGGAAGGACUACGUGGGCUGGAGCCUCUGGGGCCUGGGCUUCACUGUCCAGGCCAUUGCCGACCAGCAGAAGUGGAGGUUCAAAAGUGACCCUGAUAAUGCUGGCAAGUUCAUUCAGUCGGGACUCUGGGCUUAUAGCAGACACCCCAACUAUUUUGGAGAGAUCCUGCAGUGGUCUGGCCUCUGGCUUUCUGCUUCAUCAGUGAUGCAGGGGAAGCAGUAUUUAAGCAUUAUUUCACCCAUGUUUGUGUGGUUUCUGCUGAACUAUGUGAGCGGAGUGCCUAUCCUGGAGAAACAAGCCAUGAAGAGGUGGGGGUCUGACCCGGCCUAUCAGAACUAUGUCAGGAACACUCCCGUCCUUUGGCCCAGGAUUUUUUAGAUUUUAAAUAAUGCUGCUGGUAGUGUCCUAAGACUAUGGACGAAUAAAGGUUUACAUUUUUUUUACCUGUAAGCCUAGUUUCAUUGUCACUUUUAUCAAUUGUAAACACCAUCGCCUAUUUCUCCUAUUUUUUCCAUUAAGGUCAUGUAGGCAAUUGAAUAAACUCCUGUUGUUGUAA